AUGUCUCCAUCACUGUUGCAUCGUCCGAGCUUUCGCUCGUAUCUGAUCUCAGCAGGUUAUCUGAAGACGGCUGCCCUGAAUUCUUUGAUCAGCUACGCUCGAACGCGGUGUUUCGACACCUUGCGAGAUGGUAUCAUUAAAGGACACCUUAUCAUCGUGGACGAGCAUGGUACCAGCGAGUUCGGAGACUCUCGCAGUGAAGGGCAACAGGUCACCCUGACAGUGAACAAUCCGAACAUGUGGAUCCGGAUCGUGAUGUCAAACGAUCUGGGAGCUGCUGAAGCCUACAUGGAGAGUGAUUUCGACGUGUCCAGUCUUAAGGCUCUCCUUAAUCUGUGGCUGGACAAUCGCCAUACGUUGGUUGGCAUGAAAAACACUAUGAAUUCCCUGUUAGCGUACUAUUCGGCGCUUGCUAUCAACACUUUGGGCCGUCAAAGCCUUUCCAAUGCGAAACGAAACGCAGAGGUGGCGUAUAACACGUCGAAUAAGUUCUUCCAGUCUUUUCUCAGCGAGGAAAUGAUGUAUUCUUGCGCAAUCUGGGGUGACGAGGAAAAUGGUCCCCGAGGGGACCUCACGUCAGGACCUAUCCCCAGAGACCUCGAGGCCGCUCAACGCCGCAAGAUCAUGCAUAUUCUGGCCAAGGCUCGUGUUCGCCCUGGCGAUCGACUACUGGAAAUUGGCACGGGAUGGGGUGCCAUGGCCAUUAAUGCCGGCUGUACCGUGGAUACCGUCACCCUCUGCAAGGAGCAGAUGCUGAUGGCGAAGCAGAAAGCACGGGAAGCUGGCGUGGAGGAUCGUGUUCGCGUUCACCUUUGCGACUACCGCGAGCUGCCUUCAACCUUCGAGAAACAAUUUGAUGCAAUGGUAUCGUGCGAAAUGAUCGAGGCCGUUGGACCUCGAUAUUUACCUGAGUUCUUCAAGAUCAUGGACUGGGCUCUGAAGGAUGACAGAGCCACAAUGGUAAUAACGGCGACCUCGCAGCCGGAGUCGCGCUAUACCAACUUUCAGCCGGACGAUUUCUCCCGUCAUUAUCAUUGGCCGAACUGUCAUCUCCCAAGUGCCACGUCGAUGGCAGUUUGGGUGCAGAAGUCGGUUCCAGGAAGAUUCGUCUUCCAUAAUCUCGAAGACCACGGAAUACACUACUGUCGCACCUUGCGAGAAUGGGGCCGAAGGCUGGAGAAAAAUUUCAAGGGAGACGUGAUCGAGGACCUACGCCAACGGUACCCUCAGCUGAAGACAGACCACGAUAUUGAAGCUUUCAAGAGAAAAUUCGCUUACAUGUUCGUGUAUGCGGAGGUCGGUUAUGCGCGGGCAUAUACCUCCCUCAACUGUUGGACCUUCGCUCGAACAGAUAAUGUCUCCACUGCAUGUUCCUGA